CUAAAUGAAACACACUGAUCCCAUUUCAUUCCACGCACGCAAGAUCCAAAAAGCCCUAAGCAAAUUUCCCUACAUUUUCUCUCAGUUUCAUAGUCGCCACAAGAAAGAAGAUGUGGAACCAGCCAUACGGGAAAACUGAUUUGGAGAGCGGCGCACGGCCUCUGUAUCCGAUGAUGCUGGAGAGCCCCGAACUGCGCUGGUCCUUCAUCAGGAAAGUCUACUCCAUCAUUGCCAUCCAGUUGCUCGUCACCAUCGUCAUCGGCGCCGUCGUCGUCACCGUCCGCCCUAUCGGCGUCUUCUUCGCCACCACCGGCACCGGAUUGGCUCUCUACAUCGUCCUCAUCUUCGUCCCCUUCAUCACGCUGUGUCCACUUUACUACUAUUACCAGAAGCAUCCCGUCAACUACCUACUCUUAGGGCUUUUCACUAUAUCUCUUUCUUUUGUUGUUGGAUUGAGUUGCGCCUUUACUAGCGAGAAAGUUAUUCUGGAAGCUGUAAUACUGACCGCUGUGGUGGUGAUUGGUCUGACUCUCUACACAUUUUGGGCUGCAAGGAGAGGCCAAGAUUUCAACUUUCUUGGCCCCUUCUUGUUCGGUGCUGUGCUAGUUCUUAUGGUCUUCGCUCUGAUUCAGGUUCUGUUUCCAUUGGGUAAGUUGUCUGUGAUGAUUUAUGGGUGCUUGGCGGCUCUUAUAUUUUGUGGGUACAUCGUAUAUGAUACAGACAACCUGAUUAAGAGAUAUUCUUAUGAUGAAUUCAUUUGGGCUUCGGUCUCCUUGUAUCUGGACAUCAUCAAUCUCUUCCUCUCUCUGCUCACUAUUUUUAGAGCCGCUGAUAAUUAGAUGAUUGUAUCAUAUACUGCUUCCUAGCCUGCAAAUUGUCAAAUUGUUUACUCUCUCUGGGAGAUGAGGGUGGGUUCUGAGAAAACAGAUUCAUAUUAUUAAUAAAAUCUUUGGGGCUCACUCUUGCAAGGGGUACAGUGUGUACAAUGGAUAAUUGUCAAAGUUGUUCAUAAAUAGUUUGUUAACAAUGAAAUUUUGCUCUUUGUAAC